GAAAGCAAUGAAUCGGAUUCGGAUAACUCAUCGAAUGAGAACAGUGAACAAGAUGACUUCUUGAUGGACGAUCAGAGCGAGCAGUCGUCUUCGGAUGAUGAUUUCAUGCCGUUGUGUGAAAUCAAGAAACGCUUCUCGAAGAAGAAUGACGGAAAGAAGUCACGUCGUCGUAAGAAGAAGAAAUUGGAUCCGAUGGAUAUGAAUGAGAUGGAUUGUGACGAUGACGAGUUGGAUGAUAGUGAUCACGAGCACGUGAAGAAGGAACGCAAGAUGGCCACUGAGGAAACACUGUGUAAACACUGUGCAAAGAGUUCAAAUCCUGAAGUGGUGAGUGGUUGCGAUGUUUUGUUGAAGUUUUAG